GUACUAGAAUCCAGGGGAGGAGAGAGGGGAAAAAACAGAAGCAGAAAAAAGUGCGAUAGAGUUUAGUUUUGAGUGAGACAGAAGGAGACGGCGACUUGUGUUGGUGUUGGUGUACCCAAAUUACAAAUCCAUCAAAAAUUUAUUUUUUAUUUUUUAAUAUUAAUAGUUUCUGGAGCAGCUGGAACGAACUAACUCAUACUUACUUUAUUUCUUACUAAAUAUUUAUUUAUUUAUUUAAUAAUUAUAUAAGACAUCAUCGUCAAGAAUGGAACGGCAAAUGUCAAACAUGGUUUGGUUUUGGAUGAAGAUGAAUUGACACGACUGGAACUACUUUCUGCACCUGUCAUCACUUCCUUCUUCCUUCUUUCACCAUUCACAUGCAUUCACCUCCAAAGCAGUUUCUUAUGAAGGAGUGAAGACUGGAUAAAAGACUGAAUUUCCUAUGAAGCCUCAAUCAUGGAAAUGGCUGACGAGAAAAAAGAGUGGCUUGGCUGAUGGGGGAAAGUCGAGUUUCAAGAUGAAACCUUUGCCUUUUAUGGCAGUUUUGUGUACAGUAAUGCUAUUCAUUGUGUAUAGAACUACAAAAUAUCAGUAUCACCAAGAAGAGAUAGACAAGAGAUGGAAUUUAUGGGGAGAAGGAAAGGGAUAUUCUACAACUUCAGGGAAGUUGAGAGCCUUGCCGCAAGGUAUAAUACAUGCUAAUUCAGAUCUUGAGUUAAGGCCCUUGUGGUCAAGAAGUAGUUCGAGGUCAAAGGCUAGUGCUUACACCAACCGUAACUUGCUGGCAGUUCCAGUUGGUAUUAAACAAAAGCAUAAUGUUGAUGCCAUGGUGCAAAAGUUUCUUCCCGAAAAUUUUACUAUUACUUUAUUCCAUUAUGAUGGCAAUGUGAAUGGAUGGAGGGACCUUAAUUGGAGUAGCAAGGCCAUACACAUUGUUGCUGUAAAUCAAACAAAGUGGUGGUUUGCUAAAAGAUUUCUGCAUCCUGAUAUAGUGUCUAUUUAUGAUUAUGUCUUUCUUUGGGAUGAGGAUUUAGGAGUGGAGCAUUUUUCUCCUUCAAGAUACCUUAAAAUUAUUAAGGAAGAAGGUUUAGAGAUAUCUCAACCUGCCCUUGACCCAAAUUCAACAGAGAUACAUCAUAGAAUUACAAUUAGAUCUAGAACCAAGAAAUUUCACAGAAGAGUUUAUGAACGUAGAGGCAGUACGAGGUGUUCAGAUGCAAGUGAAGGGCCACCAUGCACCGGGUUUGUCGAAGGUAUGGCCCCAGUUUUCUCUCGAUCUGCCUGGUAUUGUACUUGGCAUCUUAUACAGAAUGAUCUUGUCCAUGGGUGGGGAAUGGAUAUGAAACUAGGAUAUUGUGCACAGGGAGAUCGAACAAAAAACGUUGGAGUAGUUGAUAGCGAAUACGUUGUUCAUAAGGGAAUACAAACUUUGGGUGGGAGUGGUCCUGAUACACAAAAGGGUUCAAGACUUAAAAAAACAACAACGAGACAAGGUGGAGCAGCAAUAGAUGUGAGAACUGAGAUACGAAGACAGUCGACGUGGGAACUUGAAACCUUUAAAGAGCGCUGGAACAAAGCUACGGCCGAAGACAAAAGCUGGGUCGAUCCGUUUCCAAACAAGAGUAACCAACGGCGGGUAAGAAGACGGCGCAGUGGCUCGCAGUCUUAACUCUUUUAACGGUUCAUUUAACUAAUCCGGUUGGAUACUUUAAGCUUCAAUUCACAGGCAUCAGCCAUUUUUAUAGGCAUAUAACUUAGUUUGUGUAGUUGAACACUUGAUUCAUUCAAUUUAAAGGAAAAGAAAUCACAUCUUUAGUUAUAUUCUUUUUUGGUGUUGUGGUCCAGAUUUUCUUGAUACCCUCUUUCUAUGUAAUUAUCAUGUAUUCAGCUUCAUGUGUUAUCAAUAUAUAGAUCAAAAGAAGGGAAGAUAAAUGUUUGCCAUCUUCUUGUAGUGGUUUGACUUUGGUUCUGGCGAUAUAAUGGUCAUUCAUUGCCUAAUGAAAUUAAAUUGAAGCA